AGAAUAUUGUCCUUAUUCGAGCAAUAUGAUAGAAGGACACGACCUAUUGUAUCAGUCAAAAUAGCUUUUCUACGCAAUGGUGUAGACCUUGUUGGGUCGGCAUGACUUGCGGAGAUCGAUCCUUCAUCCCGCUGGUAAUUGACCAUGCCUCCAGUAGCAGUUCCCAUUGAAAAUGCGACUUCGGUCUUACAGGAAGGCUCACCGCACCGUUCGCGGCGCGCCUCUUUACGCGUCUUGACACGAAAUAUAGGUCGAGUCGUUUUGGGGAAUCUCGCCUUCGAUACGUGGUAUUACUCUCCGUACCCUGACAACAUAAUCCUCGGGCCCGAGACAUCGACAACGAAAUACACGCCUGGAUCCGCCGCGGACUUACGCCAGGCCACCGCACAUGCCCACGGUGCAGGGCAACCACAGUGCGAGCGCCUCUAUGUAUGCCCAUGCUGCUUCCUCUACACCCCCAAGGAGCACGAUUUUGCGCAGCACAUGGCCAUUCAUCGAGCGCGACGCGAACAAGGUCUCGAGACGCAACCGGUGCCCGAGUCCGCCGUGAAAGUCUACGAGUGGGAAGGCCACGCCGUCUGGGAAAUCGACGGCGAACGGGAGAAAUUGUACUGCCAGAAUCUUUCACUGUUUGGGAAAUUGUUCCUGGAGCAGAAAAGCGUGUUUUUCGACACGAGCGGCUUCAAGUAUUACGUCUUGACCUACACAAAACUCGAGCCCAGUGUGCCUGUGGCGACAAAGGGCAGAGGUCGGAAGCGAAGUUCAUCGGUGCUCGAGGAUGAUGUCUUGUACCAGAGUCAAGUGCUGGGUUUCUUCUCCAAGGAGAAUUUGUCGUGGGAUGCUAACAACCUCGCGUGUAUCCUGGUCUUUCCACCUUUCCAGCACCGACAACUAGGACAGUUGUUGAUGGCCGUCUCGUACAAGUUGAGCGGAUGGGAAUGGGAAGGAGGUGUAAUUGGAGGACCCGAGAAGCCCCUGAGUGCCAUGGGCCGCAAGAGCUACCUGAGGUUCUGGUCGGAGCGGAUCGCGCGCUUUUUUAUGGGGCAAAGCGCCGACGCCGACGCAAAAACGGUGUUUUACAAGAGAAAAAGAACCCUCCAUUCGAGGAAGGAGGAGAUGACGGUCAAGGAGAUCGGAGAUCGGACAGGAAUGUUGGGCGAAGAUGUCGUCGCCGCCUUGAAUGAAAUGGGCAUACUCGAAGUGGUUCCCUCCAAACGAAAAAAUAGGAUCUCGAGUAGCGAAGCGAAUGGAAACACCGCCCAGGGUGAGGUGGAGGCAGAGCAAGAGAUGGCUAGCAUGAGUAUUCACAGGUCCAAAGUGGUCGACUGGGCCGCCCGGCACAAUGUCAACCUGACAAGCCCUGUUCGUGAGGAAGGAUUCUUGGGCGAAUGGGCCUUGAGUGAUGUCGACGAGUCUGGCGUUAGUGACGCAGAGGACGCAGAUAGCAAUGAAAGUCUGGCCUAAACCAGGACGACCUUGACGGCAAUGAAGGCAAAUAACAUUAGUAGACAACAGUACGGAGU